AUAACAGUGGCAGGAGGAGGAGAGCGAAGCUAUUGAGCCAGCGAGGAGUGAAGCUGAGCCUGGCCUCACACGCUCCUGGAGGACCACCUCCUGAGACAGAGUUCUUUUUCCCCCUUCUUCUUCUUUCUCCAAGCGCCCCUCCUGCUCUCCCUCCGUGCCCAGUACAAUGCAUUCUUGAGUGGCAGCGUCUGGACUCCAGGCAGCCCCAGAGAACCGAAGCAAGCCAAAGAGAGAGGGCUGGAGCCAAGACACUCUGGUGGGGGAGCUUGGAUGCCUGGCUUUCUUUGAGGACAUCUUUGGAGCAAGGGUGGCUUUGGGGUGGGGGGCUGUGCUGCAGGAAAUCCAGCCAGGCCCCAAGAUGGACACUUCUGGGCACUUCCAUGACUCCGGGGUGGGAGACCUGGAUGAAGACCCCAAGUGCCCCUGUCCAUCCUCCGGGGAUGAGCAGCAACAACAGCAGCCGCCGCCGCCGCCACCGCCGCCGGCACCACCAGCAGCCCCCCAGCAGCCCCCGGGACCCCCGUUGCAGCCUCAGCCUCUGCAGCUUCAGCAGCAGCAGCAGCAACAGCAGCAGCAGCCACCGCAUCCCCUGUCUCAGCUCGCCCAACUCCAGAGCCAGCCCGUUCAUCCCGGCCUGCUACACUCCUCUCCCACUGCUUUCAGGGCACCCCCUUCGUCCAACUCCACCGCCAUCCUCCACCCUUCCUCCAGGCAAGGCAGCCAGCUCAAUCUCAAUGACCACUUGCUUGGCCACUCUCCAAGUUCCACAGCCACAAGUGGGCCUGGUGGAGGCGGCCGGCACCGGCAGGCCAGCCCCCUGGUGCACCGGCGGGACAGCAACCCCUUCACGGAGAUCGCCAUGAGCUCCUGCAAGUACAGCGGUGGGGUCAUGAAGCCCCUCAGCCGCCUCAGCGCCUCCCGGAGGAACCUCAUUGAGGCUGAGCCUGAGGGCCAACCCCUCCAGCUCUUCAGCCCCAGCAACCCCCCCGAGAUCAUCAUCUCCUCCCGGGAGGACAACCAUGCCCAUCAGACCCUGCUCCACCACCCCAACGCCACCCACAACCACCAGCAUGCCGGCACCACUGCCAGCAGCACCACCUUCCCCAAAGCCAACAAGCGGAAAAACCAAAACAUUGGCUAUAAGCUGGGACACAGGAGGGCCCUGUUUGAAAAGAGGAAGCGACUGAGUGACUAUGCUCUGAUUUUUGGGAUGUUUGGAAUUGUUGUUAUGGUGAUAGAGACCGAGCUCUCUUGGGGUUUGUACUCAAAGGAUUCCAUGUUUUCGUUGGCCCUGAAAUGCCUUAUCAGUCUGUCCACCAUCAUCCUUUUGGGUUUGAUCAUCGCCUAUCACACACGUGAAGUCCAGCUCUUCGUGAUCGACAAUGGUGCGGACGACUGGCGGAUAGCCAUGACCUACGAGCGCAUCCUCUACAUCAGCCUGGAGAUGCUGGUGUGUGCCAUCCACCCCAUUCCCGGCGAGUACAAGUUCUUCUGGACGGCGCGCCUGGCCUUCUCCUACACACCCUCGCGGGCCGAGGCCGACGUGGACAUCAUCCUGUCCAUCCCGAUGUUCCUGCGCCUGUACCUGAUCGCCCGCGUCAUGCUGCUGCACAGCAAGCUCUUCACUGACGCCUCGUCCCGCAGCAUCGGGGCCCUCAACAAGAUCAACUUCAACACGCGCUUCGUCAUGAAGACCCUCAUGACCAUUUGCCCCGGCACCGUGCUGCUCGUGUUCAGCAUCUCACUGUGGAUCAUCGCUGCCUGGACCGUCCGCGUCUGCGAAAGGUACCAUGACCAGCAGGACGUAACUAGUAACUUUCUGGGUGCCAUGUGGCUCAUCUCUAUCACGUUCCUUUCCAUUGGUUAUGGGGAUAUGGUGCCCCACACAUACUGUGGGAAAGGUGUCUGUCUUCUCACGGGCAUCAUGGGUGCAGGCUGCACUGCCCUGGUGGUGGCCGUGGUGGCCCGAAAGCUGGAACUCACCAAAGCAGAGAAACAUGUUCACAACUUCAUGAUGGACACUCAGCUGACCAAACGGAUCAAGAAUGCUGCAGCCAACGUCCUCCGAGAAACAUGGCUAAUCUAUAAACACACAAAGCUGCUAAAGAAGAUUGACCACGCCAAAGUCCGGAAGCACCAGAGGAAGUUCCUGCAAGCUAUCCACCAACUGAGGAGCGUCAAGAUGGAGCAGAGGAAGCUGAGCGACCAAGCCAACACGCUGGUGGACCUUUCCAAGAUGCAGAACGUCAUGUAUGAUUUAAUCACAGAACUCAAUGAUCGGAGUGAAGAUCUGGAGAAACAAAUCGGCAGCCUGGAGUCUAAGCUGGAGCAUCUCACGGCCAGCUUCAAUUCCCUGCCCCUGCUCAUCGCGGACACCCUGCGCCAGCAGCAGCAGCAGCUCCUGUCUGCCCUGAUGGAGGCCCGGGGCGUCAGCGUGGCAGUGGGCACCACCCACACCCCACUCUCCGACAGCCCGAUCGGGGUGCCUCUACUUGGGAGCAGGAAGAGGAGAUGACAGGAAGCGACGCCUCUGGCAGGGCCCUUGCUGCAGAGUUGGUGGAGAACAGAAAUCCACGUUCAAUCUCAGGUCUUCACAUGGGGGGGGUGGGGGGUCAGAUGCACUGAAGUAGCCGACGGUGAAGCCAGCCCAGAGGAGGGUCCCGCUGGGGGAGGGCGUGCUGUCAGGCUCCGGGGUCGGGUUCCUCACCCCUGGGGUCCUGCAGCCCUUCCUUGUCUAAGGAAGCCCCUGGAUGACAAAAGUAAAGGAGAGCUGCCCAUAGCCUACCAAGCUGUCCUCCCAUCCCUUAUACAGUCAUAAAACUCAAUUUAGACCAAAAGAAAAAUAGGCAAAUAAAAAGCCAGACUUCCCAUCCAGUAUUAAUACCCAUAGAAACCUGUGUAUUCGCAAGAGUGUGCACACGCGUACGCACGUGCACACACACACACACACACACACAGGCACAUCCCACGUUCAACCCAGGUCUUUUCUUGUUUGCACUUGACCCAAAUAGAGAGGGACUUGGCCCCUUACCCUGCACACCAUAGGCACUCUCAACACGCACAUUGAGUGGGUCGAAUCUGGAUGUGGGUGCUGUCAGUUCAGGUAGUUUGCUAGUGUCGGCCACAUCCUGAGCUUCCCUGAAGAUGCAGGCCCCUUCAAACACAAAACAGGAUGCUUCGCCCUGGAUACACACCAUGCUUGCUCUGAGAUGAAUGACAAGCCAAAAUCGUUGGCAUUCUGGAGAGAUAAGCAGCCUUCUAAAAAUAACGGCUUCUGCAGAGUGUUCAUCUUAUAUCCAAACAAGCUGUGUUCCAGUGGAGCGCGUGAUCAGGUGUAUGCACGUGAGGGGAGGGGAGGGGAGGGGAGGGGAUCUGUGCACGCGUGCACACACAUGCACCAACAGGUGUGACUCCAGGACGCCUGUGUGAAUAGAAGAUUGUCUGGGCUCAGUGAUAUUUAUCCAGCAACAGGUUUCCAGCCCCAGAUGUUAGGACCACCAAGAGGUCAAUGCCUCACCUGAGAGCUGGGAGGAGAAGUGAUGGUGAGUGGCCCAGUGGUCCUUUCUACUUGACCUAAAACCACCUCAAAGUAAAAGAAAGGUUUUGAGAAUAAAGGGAGCCCUUUGGGAACUUUGUGGGCAAGGUAAGGUGAUGCGGAUUUGUCAGGAGUCUCUUCCUACUGUGCCACGUUAUUCUUGGUGCAAAAGCUAUCGUGAUGCAUCUCAAACUCCAAGAGACUUCAGCAACAUCGGGAUCCAGUGUAGUGACCGGCAUUGUGAGGCGAGGGCAUGGGGAGGCCAGAUGUUUUCCUUGCUCCAUCAUCUAACCAUGCAUAACGUUUGUGCUCUGAAAACCAUCCUGCUCUUCAUGACUUUUCUCAUUCUGAGGUCUUUGCCUUCUGCUAGUGGGGGGUCAAAUGAUACUGUAGGGGAUAUUUCAUCUGCUUAGGGUAAAGCAGAAGGGUGUCUUGGCGGAUGGUUGUCCUGUUGGGUUUCAUUUUGUGCAGGGCAGCACCACCUUUCCGAAGGCAGUGUCUGGCCGUGGAGACUUUUCUUCUACAGCCCUGGGCUUAGUCUCUAAGGACAAGGGUAUCAGCAGACAUCAGACCCUGGAAUGGCCACUCUUUCAAAAGAUCUGAUCUCCUGCUAAACUUUUCCUUUUAUCUCUUUAAAGAUAAGUGUUAGCAUUCCCCAAUCGCCUUAUUUUUAUCUUGAUGACUCCUUUGAGCAUUUUCCUUGGAUGUUUUGCACGCCAUAGAUGCCACACUUGCUGCUGGCUUUUUUUUUGGCUUGUUCUUUUACCUAUUGAUUAUCGAAAAGGUCCCUCUUCUUUUUUAUGUCCAAGAAUGGCACUCCUGGUUUCAGUGACAGCCGAACAUACAAACAGAUGGAUAAGCAGAUGAAAUCGCCAUGCAGUUUCUUUGUGGCAUUAGUUCAUUUCACGUGCGAAGAAAACUGGCGGGUCAACCCGAGCAUGCCAACCCCGAUCCUCUAACCUCCAGCCCUCAAUUCUUAAUUCCUACUUGCCUUUCCCAUCCCACUGUAACCCUGUGACAUGUGUGUGUGCGUGUGUGUGCAUGUACACAUAUAUAGGGAUUUCACCUGAGUUGCAAACAAAUGACAUGCGAGAUUCCACUGCCAUUCCUCCUGCCAAAAAGUGUGUGCAGACUUUCAUUGACCCAUUGCUAUCUGUGAGUGACUCUUCUUUAACCCACCACUAAUGCUGUACUCUUACAGCAUUAAAUGCUGAUGACCAAGCUAGCAACACUAGCAAAACAAGGGGCUGGAGUCACCCCUGGCGUCCUAGAAACACAUGGGCAUUUGUAGCUUGACUGGACCUAUUGGUAGUGCAAUAGCUACGUAUGGUUUUUAUCCUUGGUGAAAGAGUAUUUACUCUUCCAAGAAAAAAAAAAUGUGAUCGAAUCUGCAUGUUGAUCCUGCCAUGAUAAAUGGGAGGCUGCUUCUCUAUAAUGGUAUUUCAGCUUUCUGUGGGGAAGUUACCCAUUCUUCUGCAAGUACAAUCAACUGUUGAUGACUUAGGUAUUGAUUAUCCAGGGUGUAGCUCACCUAGGCUUCCUUCCUACAGCCUGUCUUUUGGCUAAUUCCACUGCACCUCAGUAUCACCAUCAGAUGAGGAAAGGGGGUAGAUGGAUUCUCACGUCAUGCUGUCUUGUUCCGUGUUUCAGGUUUGUUGUGGAGGAGGUUUAAUGAUCUACUCAAAAAUUGGCUAUGUGGGAAAACUAUGAAUUACAAUAACCUCACUCCAGUACUGAACUGAUUGAAGUCUGCCCCUUCCUGGAAGGCUGACCCAGUAUAGCAGAGCCCCUACUAUAACCCUUCUGAUAACUCAGUGUCAGGUAAAAAUACUCUAAUAUUCCCUAAAAUAUCUAGACACUUGAAUUGAAAAUACAGAGCCACCCCCUCAUCGCUUAAGCCAUAUUCUAGCUCCAUGUACUGUAAAGUAAGGGAUGUACUGUGAUAUUUUAAGUCCCACUGAUCUCAGCGGAAUUUCAGGACAUAGCAUCAGUUGGUAAAUUACACCAGUCGAGGGGCUCCCUCCUCCUUAGAUUGAAGUCCAAAUAAAAAUCUGCAUCUUUGGAUCAAAGGCCACAUAUGUGUGAUCAUCAUCAAUAAAUUAUCAGAAAGUGUCUAUCAACUGCUCUUGCCAUCCUCAUAAUAUGUAACGUCACGGAAUCAUAUCUCUAGAAACGCUUAAUACAACCCAAAAGAACUAGAAGGGUAAGGCCCUGGAUCACCACUAACUUCUGACCAAAGCAAGUACCAGUGGUGUAACAAGUAAGUGAAGGGGUAUAAAAAGUGUACGUGCAAGUAAAUUCUAAAGUGCUGAGCAAAUGCAAACUAUGUUUACUGGUAAAGGCCAAGAAGGAACAGCAUUGAAGAAAUAACAGUUUUUCAUAUAUUUGAGGCUUUCCCCCAUAGACGUUUGAUAAUUUCUUGUGAAUAAAUAAUGAACGAUGGAAGAGAAGAAAAUAGAGAUACGGAAUCAGAAUAAAUAAAAUUCUAACACUGGAUCCACAUCUUUGGCCAGUGAAUAUAACCACCUCAUACCUCAAUUUCUCUGUACUUAAAGAUAAUAGUUAAUAUUCUUGAGUACAAAGUAUUCAAUAGAUUCUAAAAUGGAAUCACUAUUGUCCAUAGCAACCCAGACCAAUUCUGUCUACUCUACACUUUGAUGUUGCCUCUGAAUGUCGUCAAUAGCUACCAAAAAGUAAUUAUUACGUAGCAACCAGGUAGUGGAUUUAGCAGGAAGAAGUAUGGGAUUAGCCCAUAGUCCCAGGACCUCUCUCCUCCUUCGGAGUGUACCUCAACAAGCCAUGCACCCCAAAUUACAAAUCAGUGUUUCAUCCCAGAACAAACAGUGUUGCUACCAUCAUAGUACCACAACUGAGACACUGUGGAGUCAUUGCACUACCGGUAGGUUACUGUUAUUUUUAAAAAGUCGUUACUUUUAAACCCUAAAAUAUGUCCCCAGUUCUACACUGUCAUCCUACUUCCCUGAAUGUUGCUUAGAAGUGGACGAAGGCUCCAUCAGUGGUCGUCGUGCUGUCCCUAUUGACACUGCAGCAUUCAGUUUCAGUACCUUAGACAGCUACCUGGCUGCUUCCUGGUAGGCGGGCACAGCCCCUUCCCUCCCCUCCUCUGCAGUCAGACGGUUUAAAGACGCCCUGGACCACAUCCCUUCCUUCUCUAUUGCCACCAAAGUAAACAUGGGAGCAGGAUCUUUGAUACCACUAAGAAAGGAACCUUACAGGGAGAGCAAUAUUAACUGUCCGCCUCUGGUAGUAGAAUAUAGACGAGUUCUCUUCAUCCUGAAAGCUUGUGCCAGGCUGCAUGAAUAGAAAUUAACACUAGACUCUUGUCAGACAAGUAAUAUAUAGAUUUUUACUAAAAUAGACUGAAGCUUAUUAAAAACAUACUCAGUGCAAUGGUAUAUAAAUAUAUACAGAUAGAGAAAAAAAAUAACUGUGAUCUUUUUUUCUUACACCGUUACUGGAAAUGCCCAAACAUGAACUGGAGUUCCCUCUGAACAAAACCAUUAUCAAAUCUUCAACGUAUGACCUCCAAAUCUAGGUGCCAAGUGCCCUGCCACAGUUGUUUACACACCUGAAAAACGUGUUCUGGAAGCUGUACUCUUGGGCCUGGACAAUGUGUGGAAACAAACAAAAGAGACGUUGUGACCAACCAAGCUGAUGGAGGAAAAGCACAAAAUUCAACACCAACCUGUUUCGGAUCCCAAAGAGAUGCUGAAUUUAUAGCCAAAAAAAAUAUAUAUAUAUACAUAUAUAUAUA